AUGAUUGUGACUGGAAGUUUGGAACUAAAGGCGUUCAAGAAGAUGUUUUACAUCUUCACCAAUAAGGAUCUGAAACAGACCGAUAACGAGUGGGUGAAGAUCGAAGAACGGGAAGUAAAUGAAAUCCUACGUUUUUCUGGAUCCAGUGCCAAAAACCUGGAACUUAUUCCAAGCGAAAAGGCUAUCAACGAGGUGCUCAAUUACAUCAACAAAGAUAUCAUUGCGAUUAAAGAUGCGAUCAAAGAGUUCUUUCACAGCGGAACGGUCAGCCAAAUUUUACCUCUUUAUUGCACUCCAUUGAAAGACGUUAUGAUCAUAGACCGGAAAAAGUGUCGCUUUGCAAGCAACUUCAAUGCUGAAAAUCCCAAUGUUGCCAAGCUAUACACCAUGUUGCAAAGCGAUCAGGUUGAUAUGGAGAAAGAAGUAACCGUCAACAAUAAUUUCCUGGCGAAAGACUCAAGGAACAAACUUUUGCCACCAUUCGUUGGUGAGGAUGACAUUCGUGGCUUCUUUCGCGAUUUGACUCUAUCGGUGGGUCAACCGAACGAUUUGCAACCCAUCAUCGUUGGUGAACUACUGGCUUGGAUGAAGACGUGGAUUCAACCGGACAUUCUCGGUAAGCUGGGGGAAAAGGACUUGGAUCAGGUGUAUAUCGACCUGAAAGAUUAUUUUGUCAAAUGCAAUGAACCUGAUACCAAAAAUAGGAAGCGUUUUUUGGCUAAACAAGGUAUCGAACAAUGCUUUGGACAAUUAAAGCGUGGAAUGGAGACGGGUGUCAUAAAGCGCGUAAUGGCAGAGGCAGAAGAAUGGGAAUUUACGUAUAUUAACCGCCAUAUCAAGUACGAAGAAACGGCAUUAGAACCAACCGGUAAAUUAUUAACCAAGGCAACAGAUAAGGAUAGGACUAGCACAAUAGUUCGAAAGAUAAGUGAUACUAUAUUAGUUGAAGAGCUUCGAGGAAGAUUCAAAUACCAGCAACACAUUUUACUUGUAGCAGACCCCGGUAUGGGAAAAACCAUUUUACUGCAGUUUUUGGCAUUUCAGGUUCAAAAACAAAGCCACUCUGCAGUAUUCUUGGUGUAUUUAAGCACGCUUUGUAAUGCACUAAACAAAAUUGAAAAAGUAUCAAACUUAGACGAUGUCCGGGGAAUUCUCAGCGCUGUUCUUUCAGAGAAUAACUGUAAUCUCAUCCUUAAUGCCCCGGAAAGGCGAAAUGACGAAGAAUAUUCCAUUAUUUUAGCAUUGGAUGCAUUUGACGAAAUACAUUCCAAAUACACCGAGAAAGUAAUUAGUAUACUUGAACUGCUCAGCUCUAGAAAGAGUAUUCAGUUCAUAAUCAGCUCGAGACUCCACGUGCAGGAAUUAUUGCAAAGGAAGUUCGAUGUGAAGCUAAUAUCCCUAGUCCCUUUUCGGCAUGAGGAUCAGAUCCAGUACUUGAAGAAAAUAUGGAUGAAGGACAGUGCUCAUGAAAAAGUUGUUGAAAACUUUUCGGAACUUCUUUUAAAAAAAUACCAUUCCAGCAUUUUAUCCAACUUGAGUGAAAUUUCCGGUUUGCCUCUGAUGAUGCGAAUGCUCGCUGAAAUUUACUCUGACAAAUUCGAACAAUUUAUUUCAGCAGCGAAUUCCGACAAUAUGAAACCGUUUGAUUGGUCAGAAGACACAUUGAAUAUUGUGCAACUGUUAGAGCAGUUUGCCAAGAAAUGUAUUCACAAGAAAUUUGUAGAAAAAUUUAAGUCCACGGUUGAUAUCAACGAUGCUGAAUUCAAUUCACUGACUAACGUGUACAUUUUGGAACAUCAACUGCUAGCGAUAAAGUUGCUAGACAUUGACAUGCUCAUGGAUUUAUUCACGGUGCCGUAUUUUAAGAAAACAUAUGACUCAUUCAAAAGCCGUUGUGAGCAGGAUGCAGAAAAAUCUAUUUUGGUGAAAGUAGUCAACAAUAAUGUUCAGUUCUGCCAUUUAUCAUUUGCUGAAUACUUCGUAGCAACAUAUUUAAGUGAUAACAUUUCCAAGUUGGAACCAAACUUAUUGAUCAACGUUCUAUCUCAACACGAUGUUAUUAGGAAACUGACACUGAUCAAGCUUGGAGAAAAUGAAAACUGCUCCGAAACUUUAAACGAUUUGUGCAGACUUGACUGGAACGUACCUUUUUGA